AUGGCGAUAGUGCUUCCCCUCAAACUGUCAAUUUGAAAGAAAAGAAGUAGAGAACAAAGUAAAGCAUUAAUUUGAGUAGGAUCAUUUACAGAACAGAUAUUUCCUCACUGGCUGCCCGCAGUCAUCGAGUAAAGGUCAGUCACCUGGAAAUCUCUUCUUAUCAAGAUCGAGGCGUGCGGGUAAUCGAGAAAUUUGCUGUCAUGGCUGAGGUGCAGAUUCGCCGCUACCAAGAGGAAGACCAUGAAGAAGUAAAGGAGGUUUUUACUCUCGGGAUGAGCGAGCACAUCCCAACGUCCUGCAUGCACGUUCUCAAACAGCCCCUAGCGCAGAUGUUUCUGGGAUGUGUGUUUUGCGCCUUGCUGACCAGCUCAAUGUCCAUCCUAUUACCUGUACUAGCAGUCACGCUGCUUUUGGCCGCAGGCAGGCAGGGUGUGAAUUAUAUGUUCACCAAGUACAUCCAGACCUCCCUUGAGCAAGAUCUCAACCACAUUCAGCAGACCUACCUGGAUCCACCUAACGCCUGCUUCUGGGUGGCUGAGAGCCAGGGUCGUGUUGUGGGUACAGUAGCGUGUUUGCCUGCUGAGAAAGACCAGAACUUCCUGGAACUGAAGCGGAUGUCGGUUAAAAAGACUCACCGUGGACAAGGCAUCGCCAAAACGCUCUGCCGUAUGGUGGCUGACUUCGCUCGUGAGCGUGGUUUUAUAGGAGUACUGCUUCACACGUCGGUGGUCCAGACAGAUGCACAGAAGCUCUAUGAGCACAUGGGAUACCAGAAGGUUAGCGAAUUUAGUGCUCCGGAGGCGAUUGCCAAGCUGACUAAUUUCACAUUGAUAGAGUACCAGCUCAUCCUCAAACAACAUCACAACUGAGAUUGAGAUCUCCCACUUCAGCAAGACCACCAAGACCUUUUUGUUUUUUUUACACACUGGUUCAAAUCACUAAUGAAGCACACCACUAUAUCUAUCUAUCUAAUUUAAAUCAUCAACCGUGGAAAAAAAAAGGGAACUUUUCUUUUAUAAGGAACUGUUCAUAAUAGAAAAACAUUGAUUGUUUAAAAAAAAAAAAAAAUCUGAUUUGGGAUCGUUCACCUAUAAAUGAAAAUUCAGUCAUCAUUUACUCACCAUUUACAUGUCAUUCCAAACUUGUAUCACUUUUGUUUAUCUUCAACACAAAUGAAGAUAUUUUUAAUGAAACCUAAGAGGUUUCUGUCCCUCCAUUGACAGUCCAGGUAACCAAAACCUAGAAAAUCCAAAAGGUCAUAAAGUUGAACAAAUUUAAUUUAGGCUUUUAUUUUCAUCUAAACAAUGAUCAGCACACAUACAUAGAGCAUAUCACAUAUUGUAAACACGGAUGUUCUCAAAUGUGUGAUAUGCGAGUAUGUUUAUUUUAGCGUGUGACAGAUGCACAAGCUUUCAUGUUUACCAUCUGCAAUGUGCUUGAUGCAUGUGGGUUUAUACAACAUGUCAUCAUAUAAAUUGAUCAAAAGAUGAAAAUAUUUGAUUAAUGUGGAUUAGUUUUCUGAUGCCUUUAUGAUCUUUUUGGAAGUUUUGGUUACCUGGACUUUCAAUUGAGAGACAGAACCCCCUCAAAAACCUUGAAUAAAAGAUGUCCAGAUCUUGUCCUGUCAGAAUAUUCAUCUCACCACUGAAGCAGAAGCAUUUAAGGGCUGUGUGCUUUAGAGUAUGUAGUCCUUGAGAUUAUGUUGGUCAAGGUCAUUUCUAUUUAUUUAUUCAUAGCCUGUCUACUUCUAUGACCCAGUAAAUCUGAAAAACAGUAGUUUCCUGUAAGUCAAGUAUUUGUAUUUGGUUGAUGAGAGGCAUGAGAUGUAAAUUCAGUGAAAUUGUCAGAUGGUGCUGAGCAGGAACUGCUUGCAAUGCGAAUGAUAUGUGUUAAAUUUCCACUUCCGUGCCGUUGAUAUUGAUUACAAUGGCAGCGAGAAUGUGAAAAUUACUAAUCGAUAUUAAUAGUUUAAGCUUAUUAAUGAAAUAACAGAAUCAUCAUCAUGUAGUUGACUUUUUUUCUAUUCUGUGUUUUUAAUUUAUUAAAAGAUAGAAAAAUGUGAUUGUUCUGUGACUGAAUGUUUAAAUAACUCGGAGCAUCUGGAAAAAGUUGUUUGUUCUGAUAAAACCAAAUAUAAUUUGUUGUAAUAACCUAAAUCAAUAAAAACUUUUAUGAAUGAA